CAACGAGCUUGCACCGGACUUUGACGCCAGUAUCGACAAAACAUGGCGAGAGACAGCCCCUCAGGCAUUUCUACUUUGCUUCUUCAAACUUCAGCAUCUCCUGCUGUGCGCUUCAUCCCUCUACAGUACAGGCGGUCAUCGUUUGGUGUCAAUGCGUCACACGUCGCGUCUCGUUCGCAUGUGACAGCAUCACCAGGUCGCAAUACAGAAGCUCCACAAGGCAUUUAGGCACUAUCUGCCAUUGGGGCAGCCCCAGCUGGUCUUAUCCUUUCUUAUACCUCACUUCAUCCUCCCGGAAGCCUCCUCUCCUCCCCCAGAUCCUUUAACUCUGCUCCCACCAACCUGCUGCCCCGCCGCAGGACGCCAGCAUGACGGCAGAGCACAUCCCUCCGCCCGACUCGCGGGAGCUCCUUCCUCCGCUUCUGGCGUGUCUGUCGACCGCGAGCGCCUCGAAACAACCUCCCUCUGCUUUCCUGCCUCUCCUCUCGCCCAUCCUCCGCCAGCGAGUCCAGCUGCUCUCCUCCGAUGCUUGGCUUUCCCUGCUCUCGUGGGACAACCAGGUUGCAUCCAGACUACCGCAGAUCGCCAGCAAGAUACGGGUGGAACCCCAUCCAGUGUCAGGAGAGAUCGAGGUGGACGAGCCAGACAAGAUUCUCUACCGGCGGUCAGACCCCGAGACGCUGCAUUCGAGGCUCGUGCUAGGCGAGUUCGGGUUGAUACCAACAUAUCUUUGGUGCACGGGCGGGGACAAUGGCAACUGCUGGAAGCUGGCUGAGCUGCGGGGAAUUCAAGACGAGGACGAUGGGACGGAAUGGUUCCCUACCAUGAGCGAAGCCAAUGAGGCUGGAUUCCGUCGCACAUCAACCAAGAUGAAUGGAGGUACGAACCAAACAACAACUACCAUCACCUCGCACCAUGCACCGGCAGAGGAGGAUGAUGACGACGAUGCAUAUUGGGCUGCGUACGACCGGACGCCAGGUCGGACUCCCCAGAAGCGCUCACCUGCCCCAGUCACAAACUCGCGCAUCCAGUUGCCUACGCAAUCAGAGCUUGAAUACUUUGCCAGAUAUGCCGCAGAAGUGCAACCCGCACUCGAUGCCCACGACCCAGAUGAACAGGGUCCGGCGCCAGGGGAAUCCACAUUACACGGCAACGCGCUGAAUUUGCACUGCGAGCCGCAGACGGAGCCAUUAGAGACCACAAACCUCGGACCGGACGGUUACGAUUCUUCCAUACCGCUAGUCUUCUCGCCUUCCACGCGCGGUGCGAAUGGAGUCAACGGUAGCCGCCAUGACUCCGUACGCGAUGACAAACCCGAACACAUUGAGUCAGUAGACGAGGAUCGAUACGCAGCGCUGAACCACCCCCGGCCGUCAUCCUCGGCGUCGUCAAACUCCAUAGAGAGACUCGAACGUGAGGCGGAGAGCCACAGCCAAGCCGAACUAGCAAUCAAGCAACACAUCAGCACGGAUCUGAAGAGCUUGUUCCGCUUGGCAAGAACCGCCGGUAUCGAUAGGGAGGAAUUCGAGAGGAUUGUUAAGAGGGAGUUAGAGGUAUUGCCCCUGCUAGAGCAGGACCACUAGUCUCGGGGUCAAAAGGUAGUCAGUGAACAAUAUCUUGUCAGUGAUACCCUUGGAUGAUUAGUGGAUUGGCAGGUCAAAAGGACAAGUUGAACAGCAGCGUCUCAUACCCAUUUCAGCAUUUUCUAGCAGCGGAAUUUGGCCAAAUUAUUUAUUUUUUCAUGAGGCAAUGCAUUCCAGCGGCGUUGGAAAGGUUUGGUUGCUAAAGCUUGAGUUUCAGCUUCUGCAG